AUGAAAAUUGGAAAAUCUGGUGGUGACGACGGAGUUAGCUUGGAUGUGCUCAAAUAUCUUCCUCCGUCUGGGAUUCGUGAGAUGACGAAGAUCAUUCAUUCAACAUGGAUCGGCAAAAGGAGCUAUCGAGGAAUCUCAUUGCUAGGUGCUAUGUACAAAGUUUUGGAGUGGAUUAUCUUGGGCCCACUUAUUGAACAUCGCAGUGAAACAGUAGCAAGCUGGUUUCGUCCUGAUUGA